AUUCCAGAGGACUGAAGCGCCCGAGCGACUUGAACCGUUAGACUUAAGAGUUUUUCUCUUUCAAUUUUACUUCGAAACAGAAAAUGCGUGAAAUCGUUCAUAUUCAAGCUGGACAGUGCGGCAACCAGAUUGGAGCAAAGUUCUGGGAGAUCAUCUCUGACGAGCACGGCAUCCAGCCUAAUGGCACCUACCACGGCGAGUCCGAGCUGCAGCUGGAACGCAUCAACGUCUACUACAACGAGGCCAGCGGUGGCAAAUAUGUGCCCCGAGCUGUUCUUGUGGAUUUGGAACCUGGCACCAUGGAUUCUGUCCGUUCGGGUCCAUUUGGCCAGCUUUUCCGCCCUGACAACUUUGUCUUUGGCCAAAGUGGAGCCGGUAACAACUGGGCCAAAGGUCACUACACCGAGGGUGCAGAACUGGUAGACUCUGUUUUGGAUGUUGUGCGUAAAGAAGCGGAAAGCUGUGACUGCCUUCAGGGUUUCCAGCUGACUCACUCUCUUGGUGGUGGAACCGGAUCGGGCAUGGGUACUUUGCUCAUCUCCAAGAUUCGCGAAGAAUACCCCGACCGCAUCAUGAACACCUACUCUGUGGUUCCUUCGCCCAAGGUGUCCGACACUGUCGUUGAACCUUACAACGCCACCUUGUCGGUCCAUCAGUUGGUAGAAAACACCGACGAGACCUACUGUAUCGACAACGAAGCUCUUUACGACAUCUGCUUCCGCACACUUAAGUUGACGACACCUACCUACGGUGAUUUGAAUCAUCUGGUGUCGCUCACGAUGUCUGGCGUGACCACGUGUCUUCGCUUCCCCGGUCAACUCAACGCUGACUUGCGUAAAUUGGCCGUCAACAUGGUGCCCUUCCCUCGUCUUCAUUUCUUCAUGCCUGGCUUUGCUCCUCUCACUGCACGCGGAUCCCAACAGUACCGCGCCUUGACUGUUCCCGAGCUGACACAGCAGAUGUUCGAUGCCAAGAACAUGAUGGCCGCCUGCGACCCUCGCCACGGUCGCUACCUUACUGUAGCAGCCAUCUUCCGCGGUCGCAUGUCAAUGAAGGAAGUCGACGAGCAGAUGCUUAACAUCCAAAACAAGAACUCGUCGUACUUUGUUGAAUGGAUCCCCAACAAUGUCAAGACAGCCGUCUGUGACAUUCCUCCUCGCGGCUUGAAGAUGUCGGCUACUUUCAUUGGCAACUCGACCGCCAUCCAAGAGCUCUUCAAGCGUAUUUCGGAACAGUUCACUGCUAUGUUCCGUCGUAAGGCUUUCCUCCAUUGGUACACUGGCGAGGGCAUGGACGAAAUGGAGUUUACGGAAGCCGAGUCCAACAUGAACGACCUCGUUUCCGAAUACCAACAAUACCAAGAAGCCACCGCUGACGACGAAGCCGAUUUCGAAGAGGAUGGUGAGCACGCCGACCAGGACGCCGCCUAAAAACGCAAUUCUGCCCUUUCCGUCCUUGGAAGAACUGCCGAAACAUAAGGGAGAAAAACGUUUUCCAUCUUCAGCACUCUCAGACCGCCCUUUAGUCCAGCCGAUGUCUGUGCACUUUCAUUUUCUAAACUGAAAUGUCUUUCGCUUCCGUAUUCUUUUUUGGCUUUCCUGACUGUUUCGUCCAUUUUUAGAGAACCGAGUAGCAACACUUUCGUGUCUUACCACAUUCCUCGCUCUCUUUUUACGUUCAUUUGUUUUGUUUUCUUAAGAAACCAUCCAGAUCUGAUCUCCUUCGUCUGGGCUGUCUCCCUGUGUACAUUCAUCUCCGCACAACCGAUCUGAACAAAAUAAAAAUAAAAGGUUAGCAAAGUCA